AUGUACUCCACCAGCAGUCCCUCCACUACCACCCACACCACUUCUACCUUAUCGACCAAGUUGGCGAGACUAAACGCAUCGCCCACUUCUACCAUGUCCACAUUGGACUACUACGAUGAAGUUCCUCUCUUUACACCAUCUCCCAAACUCGAGCAGCAGCAACAACAGCAACAAUCCCAACAAGCACCACCACCCGAUUGCUUGUCCGCUUCCGCCACGGCUUCCGUGACUUCUUCUUCUACGUUUUUCAUGGACGAAGAUUCCUCGGAACGAUCACUACGGGCGCAGAUUGAAUCGUUGCGGCAACAAUUGGCGGAACGCGAUUUGACCGUCAAUGAACUCCAACGACAAAUGCAAGAAGACAAGCGACACCACGACAAAUUACAGCAACGAUGGGAUUUAUUCUUUUCUUCUUCCAACAACACCACCACUACUACUCCAUCAUCGCUCAUGUCUGAUAGUAGUACUCGUGGCGAUCGACGAUCCAAUAUGGGACGCGGAACUUCGUAUCGGUCCGCGCCAUACACGGGCAAGACCGAAGACAGCAUGAAGACAACCACCAUGACGGCAUUGGAAGUCCAAAAGCUCAAUGAUCGCAUGGAUCAACUCGAAGCCGAAAAGGAAGCCGCAUUGCAAAAAGCAAUCAAACUGAGUGUGGCUUUGGCCGACACACGUGCGACCGUCUCCACGCUCGAAUCACAGCUGGAAGAGUCCCAGAGAAUCAUUGCCGCACAAAACACAUCCACUGGAAUUCUACUUGGGUUUGGAAGACGCACCGCUCCGCCACCGCCUCCACCCAUUGCUUCCAAGUCAUCCCACGGCAAAAAGCAAAAGAAAAAGAGCAGUAGUCGAUCCACAAGUCCCAAACCAACCACCAAAGCUACCACCACCACUACACUGCCACCCGUCGACCAAGCGUCCUCCCUGGGUGACAUUGAACUCAACGAUGACGACGACGAACCACAGCAGUCCAACGAUACAACCGCCAUGGCAUCCAUUGUCAUGACGACGGACGAAUGCCACAAUGAUGCCACUCCGGCAGAUGACAGUGCUCCCCUAGAAAUUGCAUCGGAACGAGGAGUACAGUCUUCUCAACACGGUGGUGUCACAACAGCACAACCUAGUUCGGAGCGAGGCACUACGUCCACGGGACGAGGAUGGGGUCGAUUCUGGGCAUCCUCCACCGCACUGACUGCCGCAACGUCGUAG